ACAAAUUUCUGCAUAUUAUUGCCACCAGACGACAAACCUUCUCUAGCUAGCUAGCUAGUAGCUUCCUCUGUAUAUUUUUAUAGGAUGCUGUUGAUCGACUCGAGGCAAAUCUGAGUGUCUCUCCAUUGUGUAAAAAUAGAGAACUGUUGUAUUUGUAUGUGAUGAUGAUAGAUCUAGGAACAGGGGAAGUAUGGAAUCACUGGAAUUGAUAAUGGAGCUCCUUCUUUUCCUUUGGAUUCUUGCCAUUUGGUCACAAUUUGUUGUCUGUACAUUCUGUAAGUGCACUCAUGAACCCAUCAGUCUAUAGUUAAGGUGGGAUGUAUUGAGUUUGGAAUGAGAGGCCUGCUGAGACAUAGUUAUACUUGCUGGAUUUGGCUAGCUAAGCUAGGUACUAUAUUAUGUGGAGUUCGAUGCUCUGUUCUUGCAUUGUUCUGUUACAUAUUGUCCGAAAAAAAUAGACUUACAUGUAUUAAAUUCCAUAUUUACACAAAUUAUAUAAUGUCGUGAGAUUAAAUCAAUCGGUUAAUAUUAUUUGGAAUAUCUGGAUUUCAGAGCCGGGAAUCGGUUGGUUCGUUAACGAGUCUUAUAUCAUUUACUAUGACACUAUAUCAAAUGAAUAUCAACUCAAUAUGAGGUUGAAAUUUGCACCGAGUUCUGAAUACCAUGUGAUCAGCACUCACAAAACCUCUCGGUUUUCGAAAGCUCUGAUGCCAGGUCAAGAACAACGCGGUCAGUUUGGUUGUUUUGAAACUUUAACCAUGAGUCUUUGGGGUUGUGGUUCGGACACGAGAUCUCUCGGUGAUCGAAACCUCUAAUACCACGUCAAGAGUCGUUUAGUCUCAGUGACUCGAGAUGUUGAGAGAUGUUCAAUCAUAAAUCUUAUACAAUUUACAAACAUCCAGAUGUGACAAUUUCAGGUCGUUGAAAACUAUGAUAUCAUGUCAGAAACUAUUUUAUCUCAAAAUCGAGAAUUUGUUUGCCUCGUGAAUAACUCGAGUUUUUUUUCCCUGUACUACGUUCUAAGGAACAUGAGUCGUGGUUGGAGGGUGGAUCCAAACACAAGACUUUUUUUUUUUUUUUGCUAAGCAAAUCCCAUACUUUUGACACUUGAAUUACAACGGAAAGAUGGAUUCAUCAGAUCUAACACCUUUUUUCAAGUGAGUCCAAUGCUCUAAACACCCGAAUUACAACCUAUUUUGUUGAUAUGAAUAACUCAUGCAGUUUGUUGAAUGACACUUGAAGGUGAACAGACUGCAAAGAACGUAGAUCCUCCUUUCAAAGCAAUGAUGUGUAUGGGUAAUGAGAGAGUUGUCAUUUUCUAGCCUAAGAAAUCAUGGAAAUUGCAGAAACCACUCCAUGGUUACAUUACUAUCAUGCAAGUGAAAAAGACACUGCAUUCUUUCCUAGCUGGUUCUCUAAUUUCUUAUCUUACCAUCCUUUUUCAAGGUGGAAAAAAGAAAAAGAAGAAGAAGAAGAACCCUUUACGAUGAUCAUCACGAGGAUAAUAAUUAAGACAUGAUUCUGUACUUCGAAUUCCACACACUGUGUUUUAAAAUAGUAACAAAACAAAAAAACAACAUAGGGAACUGGUGUUUCAUGUGCUGGAGGUUUGGUUUUUCGAUUGAUUCCUUGAUAACUGAGACUGCUGCGGCAACGUACCGGCAGCGGCCUUCCUUUUGGUUUUCUCGUGGCGGCCCUCGAGAAGUCAACGGGGAUUUGAGUUUUUGUUCGAAUGAUGGUGGAAAAUUCCAUGCUGAUUUGAAUUUUUUUUUUAUUGAUUUGAAUGGUUAUUUGGAUCAUUGUAGUUAUUGGUUUGAACUGGUUUUCGAUAUGGUUCACUCAUGAAACCAUUAUUCACUUCCAACAAUUUCAUGUAGUCGCAACACCGAUCAAAAACGAAUACUAAAAAGGAUGAUCGCGGAUUCUCAUCAACGGAUUAUACAGGUGACUCGAAUAAUAAAUGUUCUACAAAGAUGAAACCCAGACAACUAAAAAUGUUUCAACUAGUUACUCGACAAGACACCUCGGUGACAAAAUAGUUACCAUAUCCACAAUGACCCAUUAACCCCUGUUACUAACAAGUUGAGUUAAUCAAAAGUGUAUAAUAUACCUACACCAGUCCUUUUCAAAGCAUGAUGAAUUUUAGCUUUAAUUUGACAUACAAGGUUCACUAAUGAAACCACUUAUAAAUAUCCGAAAGAUUAUGUAGGUGAGUCGGUGACUGAAAUAAAAUGUUCUAUAAAAGAUGAAACUCAGACAACUAUACGUUUUGACUAAUUAUGUGACAAGACACCUUAAUGACAAAAUGAUUAUUGUAAUGAAAAUGACCCAACAACUUCCUCAAUUUAAGUAAUCCAAGAAAUUAGUUAGAUUAACAACUACAGCUCAACUGUUUCCUUCAUCUGAUGCUGAUCUACUACAUAUAUUAGGUCAAGCAUGCAUGUCUGUCAGAUAAACUGGAUAGAAAAUUUGGAGGUGCAAUAAACCCAUAUAUAUUUAGUCUGUGGGAUCUGUCUUUUCUGAAGCCAGUUGGCACCCUGUCGAAUCUGACUGACUUUGUGCCAACAAAAAACAAAUUAAACACUCAUUUGGCUAAUAAGAUAAAGUGGAAGUUCCAUUGAUUACUGUAUCUAUUAGCACUAUAAACACUUUCAAUGUAUAAUCAUUCAUCAUCAACUCCACAAGACAAUAGUUAACUGGGACUAGUAGUGUGGUUCACCAAUUUCCAUGGAUUGAUGGACUAUAUUUGAGGUUUAACCAUUUAAGUCCGGACAGUAUUUAUUACUACGUUCUUAUAUAGGUGGUCAUGAUUCUUAUCACUCAUUUUGCGAAAUUCACUGAAAAUUAUUAACACAAGUAACACGAUAAGGGUAAAAAUGAGAAAUUGUUUGUCCCUAUAGGUCGAGUCAGGGCUCUAACAGUUACCUAAAAAACGAAUAACGAGGUAUGUUUAAAAAAGCUCCGGUGUUUUUGCUUCUCCUCGAUCCAGUUUUCAACAUAAAAGUGCAACUUGGUAUCUAGUAUUAUCCAUGGUCCAUUAUAAACUCAUAAGUACAGUGAAAGAUAUUCUAGCCUAACAAUAAGACUUGUUUGUAAGACAACAAUUUAGUGACUUGAGGUUAGAAUCAUUUUAGCAUGACAAUUUUAUACCUCCUCGAUAACACAUUUCUCAUGUAUUAAACACCCGAACCGAAAAUCAAGCGACUCUAUGGCCUGUCUGUUAACAAAUUUUUUGGCCAUAAGAAGAUGGUAAGGACCAUUAUAAAAAAAAAAGAUGAUUAGGACACUAAAAUAAAAAUCAUACCAGAUGGCAGACCCAUCAAAUUGUCUUUCCCAGUUAGUUUUCUGAGAAUUUCAGUGUUCAGAAAAUUUGUAUAACCAUCUCUAAUUAAUUAAGAACGGUUGGUGAAUGUGAAAAAUUAACUAGUAUUUACAUCGAAGUGGGGAACCUUUUGUUUUUGUAGUUCUAGGUGGGAUCUCUCAAACUUUGGACCCUUUUUAAUAUAAUUUAUUGAACUCUGCAUAUCAAAUUUUCAACGGGUUAAUGAUAGAGGCAGUCAUUUAUGUUUUGGGUUAUUAACAAAAUAGUUGCUUAUCUUUGAUUUCCCAACAAAUUAGUACCUCGUAUGUCGUAUCAUGUUGCUACCAACAAAAGACAUCUUGCCCAUUACCAUUCAUUCUCAUUCAAACUGUCUUCUCGGCAUGUUACGUCAUCUAAACUGUUAUUCACAAAGUGAAACAAAUUUUCUAAUAAAGUGACACAACACUCGUUUAAAUCAAAAAUCAAACUGCCUAAUCCAUCCAACUCAUUUUGUACAUUUCCGCACCGUAAAGGUAUCUACUCAUUUGAUUUUUUGUUGUUGUUGUGUUGAUAGGAAUUAAUUAGUCUGCAACUUCAUUGGACAUCAAUUUUCGAACAUAGCUAAAAUAUUUUUGAACAAAAUUCAAACUAGGGUUUUUUUUAUAAUGCUUAUAGCUUUUAAGCUAACUUAACUUAUCCCCAUGAAUACAAAUAUCAUAUGACUAUCAUUAUUCCUAAUUCUAUGAAGAUCCUUAUUUGAGAGUUUCACAAUUAUAUAUGUGGGUUUGGAGGAAAAUAUACAGAGACAUGGUGCUCUCCCGUUUGAAUUUGACGACCCUUCUCCGUGUUUAUAUUUUAUAACCAUGGUGGAGCAAGUCACGAACAAACUAUUAGGUAGUUCAUGUUCCCCCCUCUCUCUCUUAUACUCAGUAGCAAGUAUCAGGUGACAAAUAGACCUACCAACUGUCAAGAACCAAUUGAUCCCAAUAACUCGAGUUGUUGGGAGAAGGUUAUGCUGGAUCUUAUACCGCUCUCUAACACGCCCCCUCAAACGAAAGCCAAUCCAUGGGCUUAAAGUUUGCACAGGCCCGCCAUACCAUGUGCUUGAAGACAACUUUUAAUAUUGGGACUCGUGGAAAUUCAAACACACGACCACUUGGUCAAACCAGCUCUGAUAUCAUGUCAAGAACCAAUUGAUCCCAAUAACUCGAGUUGUUGGGAGAAGGUUAUGCUAGAUCUUAUACCGCUCUCUAACACCAACAACAGCAAUACCAACAUAUAUAUAUACCAUAUACAAAGCAGCAGAAACUGCAUAUUUCAGUCACCUUUCCUUUUCCUUUUGAUGUAGUUAUAUAUUGGCGUAAUGUCAAAGGUCAAGACCAUUGAAAACAACUAAGAGACGAUUCUGUGACAAGGGUUAGUUUCCUGGACACCUUAAGACAAAGAUUAGGUAUCUUCUUAUGCCCUUUUCUAUUAGCCAUAGCCCCACAAAAUUAUGUUUUCCCACCAAAACAUAAAGAAGAAAAGUGAAAGAGACGACCAUCAAGACAAAAGAGAGAAAAAAACACACCUCCUCCCCUGUUUUUCCUUCUUUUGUUGUUACUACUACUAGCAUCCAAUGUCUUAACAGUUAUCUCCUUUCAUCCCUUUUGAGGUUGAAUCUUUAAAUCUUAGGCCUUUUUCUUAAGGCUUAUUGUGUUCUUCUUUUUUCUGAAGAUCCCCUUUCAGCAAGUUACCAUUUGGACAUUUAUCCUUUUUCCUCUUCCUUCUUUUCAUUCCCUUUUGCACUUUUUUUGGCCUUGAUCCGUGCUAUAACUUAAUCCCGUUGUGUUUGGAAGCAUUCACAUUCACCAUACUUUUUCCUUGCUUGAGGGGAAAAGGAAGAAAAACUAAUGGAGUUGAAGGUGGGGAGGGAAAAGUUCAAGCUCUUAAUUAUGGUGUUGUUUUCAUGGGUUUCCAUCAUAUAGCUCAUUAUUAUUAAGGUCCACAAUUUGUUGACCUUGGGUUAGAGGGGAUACCCUUUCUCAUUUACUCGCAAGGCGGAUCAUUCUACAUCAGGAUGAAUAGAUGAUUAAUAGGUUUGAGGUAGAAGUUGGUAUAUGGUCGGAUUGGAUACCAAAACAUAUCAAAUUGAUUCAACUUGAUCGUAUAUUGUUUCAAUUCAUUUAUUUCUUUUGUCUUAAAAGAUUCAAUCAAGCUAAAACAUACGACUAGAUAGAUUUGAGAUGGUUUGGCACCUCGAUCAUCCCAAGGUGGUAGCGCAACUUGACUCUUUCUGCUAUGGUGGCCCUCAUUCAGAAUAUAGGAUGAACCAAUUCACUGCAACAUGUCCCUCGUACUCCAAUUUCAUUUUCUGUUGGAGCGUGUUUGGCAAGUCCAUAUCAUCCAUAUUUAUCGUUAAGGCAACUGUUUAGCUAAUUGCCUAGCUAACAAGGGUUUGUCCCUUCCGUUGGGUACCCAUGUUAUUUCUAUUCUUGAUCCGACAUUAGACAUUUGGUCAUGUACAUGGUUGGAUGGCUCAUGCCCCAUCACAUUUUAAUAUGAGAUUGAUGUGCUCAACACUCAUAAAAAAAGACUGAGUAAAGUAUAAAAAUCGAUUUUGGUUAUACAAUCAUUCAAUAAUAAUACAAAUAUCAAUGUAUUUCACCACCCUUAUUUCUCAUCCAAAAUUUUUGUAUGAUAGUGAAACUAACUACUUCUCGGUUAAAAAUAACAACUAACUAGUUCUUGAUUUUGGAUUUGCCCAAUUAUUAGUCUUCAAUACAAGACAUUUAAUGAUCAACCCUAAAUAAAGAAGUUUGCAACUUUGAGGUGUACAAAACAAUUUUUCUACAUGAAAAUGGUGCCCAUUAUCCAUAGAUGCUGCCAUUUGCCAUGCUUUGUAUGAGAAAGAAGAUGGGAGCAAAGAGUUGAGGGAGAAGGUGACCAACUCCCCCCCACUUGCCUGCCAACACUCUGAAAAAAAUGAAAGGAAAUUAAUAUGGAAACUUGGGUUUAGACCUUCUUUGGACUUAAUUGCAAAACUCAGAUUUAUUUCUCUUUUUCUUUCUUCCUUUCACUACGUUUGGAUUAUUGUUAUAGCCAUUGUUAUAGCCACUACUACUAUUUAGCUUCCUGUAGGUACUAGGUCGUCACUUUUCCAACUUUCCCCUCUUUUCACCUUUUCUUUCUUUCGUGUACAUUUUGACCUUUUAGAGGGUCUACGCUCUUACGUCUCUCCAAACAAAGCAAAAGGGCAAAGCCUUGGCAAUUAAAAGGGCACACGAGGCCACUCCUAAACUCGUUCUUCAUGGUUUGAUGCCAAGCAAAAAACAGAGGGGAGAAGACGAGGGAAAAGCUGGUUUAUCUGUAAAGAAGAAGAGUAUAGUUUUUCCCCCUUUAUAUUCCAUCUUUCCCCUGGUCAAAAGCCUCAAUCUUUUGUUUACUUUGUUUGUGGAAAACAAAUUUUGGUGGCAGCUGAAAGACGGGCCCUUUUUCUUUCCCCUCUUUUCCUAACUCAUUGCUUCUUCCAGUCUCACUCUGGGUAGCCAUUGAAAACUAGUACCCAAGGUUUCGGACCCUUUAAUUAAGCCUUACCCGUGAAACCCAUUUGGCGUGUUUGACAUUAUCAGCUGUCCACACACAAUCUGGGUCGUUGUCUCUCUGGGGAAAAGACCCGAGCUUUGGAAGUGGAAUGAUGGGUUUCGAAGAAGGCGGCAAAGGGGGGGAAAUGGCGGGAGGGAGAGUGGUUGAUUGUGGUCACAAGCGUUCAAAGAGCUUCCCUGACAAGAAAGGAUUGAAAGAGGAUGGACCAGAUAGUUCGCUUGGAGCUUCACAACGUAGCAAGCUUGAUAUGGGAUACCUACAGGAGUCUAUCAAAAGCCAGAGAAAACAAUCCCAAAAAGUUGAAGCCCAUAGUUCUUUGAAGCAAGAGAUUCUGCAGCUUGAGAAAAGAUUGCAAGACCAAUUCGAGGUUCGUCGUGCUCUGGAGAAGGCAUUGGGUUACCGGACCUCCUCCCUUGGGGAGAUACCUGAAGACUUAAUGCCGAAGCCAGCCACAGAACUUAUCAAGGAAAUAGCAGUGCUAGAGCUCGAAGUUGUGUAUUUGGAACAGUACCUCCUCUCAUUGUACAGGAAAGCAUUUGAUCAGCAAACAUCUUCAGUCUCUCCAUCCAGCAAGGAAGAAGGCUCCAAAUCAGCUGUUACUACUCCAAGGCUCAGAUUGCAGAAUGUUCCCCCGAGACCCAAUGUCAUGUCAACGAGAGACAAUUUAACGCUUCAAUCACAGGACAACCCAUCAAAGGAAAAACUAUUAUUAGACUCCAGCAUCCAACGCUCUCAAUCCUCUCUCUCACAAUGCUCAGCAUUUCCUGCAAGACUUUCUCCUCCAGAAGCAGAUUCAUCUUUGGGAAGAGCUGUCCGUGCUUGUCAUUCGCAGCCUUUGUCCAUGAUGGAGUACGCGCAAAAUGCAACGAAUAUGAUCAGUUUGGCGGAACACCUUGGGACAAGAAUCUCUGAUCAUGUGCAUGACACACCUAACAAGCUUUCUGAGGAUAUGAUUCGUUGCAUGUCUGCCAUAUACUGCAAGCUUUCGGACCCACCAGUGACAAAUAACGGCUUGUCUUCUCCAGUAUCAUCGAUGUCCUCAAUGAGUGCAUUUUCUCCACAAGAACAAUGUGAUAUGUGGAGUCCUGGGUUCAGGAACAAUUCUUCAUCCUUCGACAUACGGCUAGAGAACCCGUUCCUUGUUGAGGGACUAAAGGAGUUCAGUGGACCAUACAGUACGAUGGUCGAAGUCCCCUGGAUUUAUAGGGAUAAUCAGAAGUUGGGAGAUGUCGAGUCCUUGCUGCAGAAUUUCAGAUCAUUGAUUUGUAGAUUGGAGGGAGUUGACCCAAGGAAGCUGAAACAUGAAGAGAAGCUAGCUUUCUGGAUCAAUGUUCAUAAUUCUCUAGUGAUGCAUGCGUUUCUUGCAUAUGGUAUUCCACAGAACAAUGUCAAGAGACUCUUCCUUCUGUUAAAGGCUGCUUAUAAUGUUGGCGGUCAUACAAUCAGUGCAGACGCGAUUCAGAGCAACAUCCUUCAAUGCCGGAUGUCUCGUCCUGGCCAGUGGAUUAGGUUACUGAUCCCUUCUAGAUCCAAAUUCAAGUCGGGAGAUGAAAGGCAAAGCUACACAAUUGAUCACCCAGAACCCCUGUUGCAUUUUGCACUCAGCUCGGGUAGCCAUUCUGACCCCGCGGUACGUGCCUACACGCCAAAGGCGGUAUAUCAAGAGCUGGAAGCAGCGAAAGACGAGUACAUUCGAGCCACAUUUGGGGUACGAAAGGACCAAAGGAUCCUACUCCCAAAGAUCGUCGAAACUUUUGCAAAGGACUCGGGUCUAAGUCAACCCGCUGUAGUCGAAAUGAUCCAAGGGUCUCUGCCCGAUUCUCUGAGAAAAUGUGUCAGGAAAUGCCAGCUAGGAAAGCCUCGCAAGAUCAUCGAAUGGAUGCCACAUAACUUCAGUUUCCGGUACCUGAUCUCGAAAGAGCUGGCUAGAUGACAUUGCCAUAUACACACUUUGUUGGUAUUGAGUUGAGUUUGAUAUAUAUAUGUUUAGAAUCAAUUCUAUAGGGAAGGGUGUGUUCAUCAUUUUGUAAAAAAGGGGUAAAGUAGGAAGGUGAGAUGUCAGUGAAAGCAUUUUCCAUGUUAGGAGAGUAGAGAUUCUUAACCCAACGCCAAUCUGUUUUUCGUGCCUGGUAAUGGUACAUUGUAAUUGGGCAGUCUGCCUCUGGUGUGCCGUGUCAUCUCAGGAGAAAGGCUAAUAGGUUUCUGUGAUGAUGGUAUCAAGAUUGAUGAAAAUGAAAUGGAAAUGUGUGCAUUGGCUAUUUGUACAUCAAUUCUGCAGCUUUCUCAGAGCAAAUACCAUUGUUUUAUCAGUGUAACUGAAUGGCAAGAUGAAUAGUUUCCUUGUAUCAUGUCUCCUUCAGGUUUACUGGUAUCUCACCAUGAAUGUGUGAUUCAUUGCAACUGCAAAUGUAAAGUUUCCAAAGAGCAGCAACUUGGUUCAACAUAAGAUCCAGCAAGUCCAGAAGUACCAAUCAAGUUCACCUGCAAAAACUAGAGGACCAAAGUAAUUUUAGCAGAAUCAACCACCUUGCUUUCCAAAUACACACGCAUAAAAGAACAACAAAGUAAAGUUGCAGUCUUGGACAAGUGUGCUACAUCCUUUCCUCGCUACAUGUAUAUCAUAUUCUGAUUUCUCCGGCCCGAUCUCUUUGAUUAGUGGCCAGUGGCUCACUGUUUAGUACUCUGCAAUAUAAGAUAAUAUCCCGUACACUUUAGAAAAAUUAUCAAACAUCUUUCUACCAAAAUUUACAUCCAAAUACCGUCAACAAAGGUCGAAACUUGGAGAUUAAAAGGCAUAUAACACAUUACCCAUUAUCGGUUUACUAUUCUACCGUAGGCAAGUUUGGAGCAGCAGCUAGGUGCUGACCUCAAAUGUGCCUAAAUUUGAGGGACAUGCCCAUACGGCUACUAAUGAUGAAAUCAUGAAACAUAUUGAUUUGCUGCUGCAACUGUCAAACAUAAGUUGUUAGGAUAUGCAUAUAUUGUAAUUAUAUGAUGAUGUAAGGCAGCAGGAUCUUCUCCAAUUCUCUGAGGUCAAGAGGAUCACCUACGAUCUAUGCUCUCUGCUUCAUUGACCACCUAUCUCUGUUAUCCAUUUGUGCUGAAUUCAUUCGUCACACGAUGUUAGAGGUUUUAACGACCAAACUAACUUCGAGCUCGAAUCUUUAUAGUGUUGAAGGUUGACGCGUACUCAAUCACAUCAUGGUGGACUUGGCAAGAAGUUUUGAGGUUCAUGAUAAGAUUUUUCGUUUGAGAAAGCAUGUUAGAGUGUUAGCAUGAAAUUUACCUUUUAGUUUCUCUUAACAACUUUAGCUAUUGGGCUUUGGAUCGGAUUGAUUCUUAACUUAGUACCAAAAGUAGGUGCCCGCAAAAGUUUGGUCUGGAACGAGUCAAACUCAUGAAAAUCGCGGCCCGAUAGUGGAAUACAUUUUACGAACAAUG